AUGGCGACACCGGCGAUGAGCAACAUAUGCGCCAACUUUGAAGAAGUCGGGCAGGCUUUCGCGCAGCACUACUACCAACAAUUCGACGGCGACCGAUCGCAACUCGGCCCUUUAUACAACGAAACGCACUCCAUGCUGAACUUUGAACACUCCGCCUCCCGCCCGGGGCAGUUUAAAGGCGCCCAAUCCAUAGUCGAAAAAUUAGUCUCUUUACCGUUCCAAAGAGUCCAACACCAAGUGGUGACCAUCGAUACGCAACCGACGCCGAACGGCGGCGUGUUGGUGUUCGUGUGCGGGAACUUACUGAUUGACAGCGAAACGCAACCGCAGAAGUUUGCGCAGACGUUCCAGCUGAUGCCGACGGAUUCGGUCGGGUUACCCGCGGGGAGUUAUUUUAUAUUCAACGACGUCUUUCGCCUGAACGUCGGUUAA